AUGUCUGGGGAAUGCAAUUUCAUCCUCAAAAAUGUAGUUCACUCAGUAUCACCAGAUCUCGCACACCAAUGUAGAUGUAGAUAUGAGUACAAAGAUGUGAAAGUAAAAGGAGAUAAGAUUAUUAAAAAACUAGUUCUCGUGAAAAAGUCAACAUCACCGGACGAGAUGUUUCAAUACUUCAAACAAAUAAUGGAAACAUUUCCUGUGCAUCAGUACCGUGCAUAUUGGCAGUCAAAGCAAAUGAAAUCCUUGAUAAAUAACUUGCCAAUUGGUCACUGUGUCGCUAUUCACGACUUUUCAGAAAAUUAUAGAUGCACAGAAAAGUGCGAGAUUCAGUCAUCCUAUUUUCAAAAGCAAGAAGUUUCUAUACAUGUAACGAUUGUUCAUUGACAUUCUGUUUUGGAAUAUGACGAAAACAGUUCCGAAAACGAUCCAAAUAUUGUCACUGAACAUUUUAUUGUUAUAAGUCCAGACCAAAAGCAUGAUCAUCACUUUACAAAUAAUGUACAAAAGUUACUUUCGGAGUAUUUGCGAUCUAUAUCAUGUGAUGUGUCUGUGAUGCAUGAAUUCACUGACGGGUGCAGUGCCCAAUAUAAAAGUCGUCAUUGCAUGGGAGACAUAGCCUAUUCAUGCUCUGACUUUGGAUAUUCAAAAGUUAUUAGAAAUUUCUUCGAAACCUCUCAUGCACGUGGGCCCCAAGAUGCAGCUGGGGGUUACGUGAAAAAACAAGCAGAUUUAUCCGUUAUUCGCGGAUCUCAAGUUAUACAAAGUGCGCGUUAUUUCUUUGAGUUUGCCCAGAGUAAUUUAUCUCGCACAACCGAUUCAUCUAGAUGUUCACGUCGCAUUUUUAGGUACAUCGACUCCGUAGGAAGGAACCGAGAUCGGUAUUUUCAACCAGUUAAAGACAACAGAAAAAUUCACCAAAUUUUUUCAAUAGAAAACGGUAUACUGCAAACUCGAAAAUUAUCCUGUUAUUCUUGCGACCACUGUGUUAUUAGUGAUUACAAUGAGUGCUUGAACAAGGGUCAACUUGGACAGUUUUCAACAAUAAUAAUGAAAAAACAAACAGAUCAUGAAAAUGAUGAAAACGAAACCGAUGAGAUUGAUGAUUUAGAUAUUGUCGAAUUGAUUUCUACUGGUACAAUUAUUGCUGUGAAAGCAGAUGAUAAGGAUUACCCAUAUUAUGUGUUAAAGGCAUCGAAAAAAAACAGUUGUUUUGCGAAAAUGUGUAACCGACAAGUGUGGAAUGUCGUUUCCGGAAGGAAGCAGAGUAGUACAUGGGUACUAUUUUGGUGUUAACAAUGAAAAUCUUUUAGAACAGAAACUUAUAAAAAGAAUACCAGCUAUAGUGCCUGCACAGUCUGUCAUAUACAUAUGUUCUGAACUUGAAAUUGACAAUGAUGGCGUUAUAAAUAUUGAAGAAUCGCUUAACGAGCGCAUUUUAAGGAGUUUG